AUGGAGGUACCAUCACAGCGACCUCCAUCUAGAGCUUCAACUCGCGCAAGACUAACCCAGGCACUCGGUUUACAGGUGCCCAGAGCCCGAGGAGCCGGUAGGUCGGGCCCUCGCCGCCGAACGGGGUGCUUGACAUGCAGGGCUCGGAAAGUGCGCUGCGACGAAACAAAGCCAAGUUGCUCAAACUGCGAUCGACUGCGACUGCGAUGCGUUUACAAACCCCCUAUUGCUCUUGGCGACUCCUGGACUUCGCCGCCUCCGCAAUCAAACAAUGACUUUUCCUCCGCGGCGCAUCCUAUACCCCAGACUUCCCCGUCACCCGCCAUAAGCACAGUGUCGGCAUCGGCAUCAGCAGUCGCUGCUGUAUCUGCGGCUGCGAAUGAGUCACAUCGCUCGCCAGAUGUGAACUUUUUCAAUACUGUGCUUCGCUCGGACGAUCGCCAUCGGACGAUCCCAGCACUAGCUUCACCGAUUCGACGACUGCCCACGGUACCAGAACCAUACCCGGAGCUUGGGGGGCCGUUUGAUAUGCUUGGAUUUAUGGGAGGAAUAACAUCUGAGUUGGAACAAAAGCACCUCGACUUGACGAGUGGACUUGCAGGGUUCGCAUCCAGUCCAGCCCCACAAACGUUACCAGUAGGUGCCGGGGGAAACAGUGGAGAAGAUGGUCAGUUUGGAGACAGACCUUCGACACUUAGUCCAGAUGCACAGUCCCUGUUAGCUGAUGGUAUGUCCAUCGGUAGCGCUUCUGAUGCGGCGACCACGCGCGGCAGCUGGUCUGACCCCGGCACCACCUCAUAUGAGGAGCAACUACUCCAGCAUUUCUUGGCUAGCGAUCCACCAGCAGGACUGUUUGCGCCGGUGUCUAUGGAGUGGAAGUAUGUCCGACCAGCGGUGCUGGCAUAUGGCCGAGACUUUAGUCCACUCCUGAAUGCGCUGUAUUGUUAUGCCGACAUUCACAAGGCCGCUACUGAAGGAGGGAAACGAUGGCGCUGGGCGCCUACAUAUUAUCGAGUAGCGAGCUCAGAAAUUCAAGCAUGCUUGCUUGGUGAUGUGUCUGAGACAACUUUGAUCAAAACCUUUGCGACUGUCUUUUUCUUGAUGUUAUCUGAACUUUUCUCAUCCCCUGAGCUAUGUGCUCCAGGCACCUCAUACCUCCACUCAGCUUACCUCUUAUUGCAACGGUUCGACAAUCGGACAAGAAACUGGACGGGUCUCGGCCAUUUAAUGGUGUCGUGGAUUUCGCUACUGGAUGUGAAAUCAUUAAUCGCAGGGCGCGAAGGUGACCCAUUGAUUGAACUGGGCAAUGUUACCGAACAGGGAUUAAAUCACAAGUCACAAGAGACGCGCGUCUCCCGAAUAGCCACCAGCGAGGAACAUAAAGAGGAUGAUGGAGCAGAAGAGCAAUUCCGCAGCCCAAGCUAUUUAGUGUACGAAGCAAUUGUGGGCCCAGCAUUCCGGUUCUUCGUGCAAGCCCAACAAGUCGUACGGCGAAUCGUCUCCAUCGACCUACACCACCGCAGCCGAGGAACACUCAGCGAUGAAUUCGAAGUCCUUCAAAUCGCACAUAAAGUUGGUGCGGACCUCGAAACUCUCUGGCACCGCAGGCCAUCCGUGAUUGAUGUAUACGGGCACCCAGAGGCAUUAACAGACACACUAUGUGCACCUGUGGCUCUCAACGUCUGUCGCACAUUCCGCCAGUACGUCGCCAGUUUCUUGGCUAACUUUAUCUACCUACACCGUGUUGCAUUCGCCAUUUAUCCACGCACUGAUCGUGUCAAUGGCGCCGUCAACCAAAUCAUCCAGCUAGCAACUGUUGAAUCUGCCGGUGCUGAAGAUGAUCGUCUUCCGGUCAGUUUCCUCUGGCCUUUGUUCAUUGCAGGCUUGGAAGGCUCUAUAGAGCAACGACAAUGGGUCUUUCAGGAGAUGCAGCGUAUGGCCUCUGCUCGCGAGAAUGAGUCCGCUACAUCGAUUGGACGUCAUCCGGCUGCUGACCAAGUCCUUCUAUUACUGGAAGAAAUGACGCGGCGGCAGGAUGCGUCACGUACUUGGGCAGAUUCCCGGUGUGUACGACGGGAGCUCUUCUCGGACUUCUUCAUCCUGAUUUGA